UUCCAAUCCACACCCAGUUUUGCAAAAAACAUGGUGCUCUUUUUUCCAUCUCAUGCAGCCUCUAUUUAUACUACAAACUUGAAUUCCCAAAUCCCAAAUUAUAUCAUCCAAUUACAUUUGAAACCCAUUCGAUUUCAAAGUUAACGAGAAUCAAGAAACAUGAGUUCAACAACCAGAGCAUGGGUGGUGGCCGGAACAGUUGGAUUGGUGGAGGCGAUAAAAGAUCAAGGCUUUUCACGGUGGAACUACACCAUCAGAACCAUCCACCACCAGAACAAACCCAACCUCCGAUCAUUUUCUCAGCCCAAGAACAAGAAAUCAUCUGAUAAAGCAAGAGAGUCUGAAGAGUCUUUGAGAAAAGUCAUGUACUUGAGUUGUUGGGGUCCUAAUUAACUAAAAUUCUAGUUUAUGUUCCUUUAAUUAGACUGUGUACAUGAUAUAUUAUUAUAGAUUUACAACAUUCUUGGA